AUGAACAAGCUGCAGAGACUGCUUCAGAGCAAGAUCCUGAUCCUGACAAUAUGUGCCGCUGGGAUUGGAGGCACUUUCCAAUAUGGUUACAACAUCUCCAUCAUCAAUGCUCCAACUUCAUACAUCCAGACGUUCAUGAAUGAAACCUGGCUGGAGCGCACAGGCGUUCCCCUUGAGAGCAACAUGAUACUGCUGCUGUGGUCUUUCACUGUCUCUGCGUACCCUCUGGGAGGACUCACUGGGGCUGUUGUUGCUGGUCCCAUGGCCAUCAUGUUGGGAAGGAAGAUGUCCCUGCUGCUGAACAACAUCUUCGUGAUCAUAGCUGCAGUCUUGUCAGGAUUCAGCCGAAUGGCAAAAUCCUUUGAAAUGAUUAUGCUCAGCAGAUUUUUUACUGGCGUGAAUGCAGGUGUAAGCAUGAACAUUCAGCCCAUGUAUCUGGCGGAAAGUGCCCCGAAGAAGCUCAGAGGAGCUGUGGCCUUGACCUCUGCAUCGUUUACAGCCCUGGGGUUGGUGCUGGGGCAGGUUGUUGGACUCAGGGAGCUACUAGGAGGGGAGGAGAGCUGGCCGUUCCUUUUAGCUAGCAAUGUGGUGCCUGCCCUGAUCCAGCUCACAGCUCUGCCUUGGUUCCCUGAAAGUCCCAGAUACCUCUUGAUUGACCGUGGAGAUAAAGAAUCCUGCAUCUCUGCACUGCAGAAGCUCAGAGGCAACAGUGACCUUAGUGCAGAGCUGGAAGAGAUGCUGGCUGAACAAGCUGCCGUUAAAGGUCAGAGAGCGAAGAACCCUUGGGAGCUCUUCAAAAAUCCAGCUUUGAGGUGGCAGCUGAUGAGUAUCAUUGUGCUGAGCAGUGCCAUGCAGCUCUGCGGGAAUGAUUCGAUGUAUUUUUAUGCAGCUUAUGUGUUCCAAGAGGCUGGAAUUCCUCAGGACAAAAUCCCGUAUGUUGUAAUUGGCACGGGGAGCUGUGAACUGAUCACGUCUGUCACCUGUAACAUGAUUAUAGACUAUGCUGGUCGGAGGCCACUGCUCCUGGGGGGAUAUAUCUUCAUGGCAGGAUGGGCCAUUGUCUUCAUGGUCGCUCUGAGCCAGCAGACUCAGAUUAGCUGGAUGCCUUAUCUCAGCAUGGCCUGCAUUUUCGCCUAUAUCCUGAGCUUUGGAAUCGGACCAGCUGGUGUAACAGGAGUUCUGCCCACAGAGGUUUUUGAUCAAAUGUCCCGGCCAGCUGCUUACAUGAUCUGUGGCUCUCUGCUCUGGUUCAACCUAUUUCUGGUCGGAACAGCCUUUCCAUUCAUUGUGAAAAGUCUAGCACAUUUCUGCUACAUCCCAUUCCUUGUGGUCUGCAUCUGCACUGCUCUCUACGUUGGGUUUUUCCUUCCUGAGACAAAGGGAAAGUCCUUCCUGGAAAUCUCAGAGGAGUUCAAGAAACGGAACUUCAAAGCUCAGACCCAUGCAGUUUUUUAUAAAGGCCCCGAAGAGAUCAAAUCCACCGUGUUGUAG